AACUUCGAAUUGUGUAGUUAAUUGCGAUUUGACACUUCCGAAGUUUCGAGUUCCGAGUUCCGAGCGUUCCGAGCGCCCGACGUCUGAGCCUGAGGCCUGAGCUGGUCUGAAAUCUGAGCGCUUCAGGAGAAGAUGACAUCAUAAGCUGACGCUUAUUAUGUGAAACAACAUUUUUAUACAUUAUUAAAGCAAUAUAAGAUAGUGUGACAGUGCUGAUUAAACUAAUAUCAAGCACGUCAGAAACAUGAUGGCAUCAGAAGUGGGUUCAAUGAAUAAUGAUCCCAUACAUAUCAAGAUCAGCAGUGAGAAGGUUCCAUUGAUUAAUGGAAGAAGCGUUCUUUAUAGACUAAGCAGACUUUUUAAAUUUGGGCGAUCUCAACAAACGGAAGGCGAUGGAUACGUGGAAUUUGGUAGCUUGGGUCCAGACAAUGGUCGAACUUUGGGAACGUUUGCUGGUGUAUUUAGCCCUGUAACAUUAUCCAUGUUCAGUGCCUUAGUUUUUAUACGAAUGGGAUACAUUGUGGGCAAUGCUGGAUUACUUGUAACUCUGAUACAGUUCAUAAUUGCAUAUGGAAUUUUGGUAUUUACCGUGGCAUCUGUAUGUGCAAUUUCAACAAAUGGGGCCGUUGAAGGAGGAGGAGCUUACUUCAUGAUUAGUCGUACUCUAGGACCAGAAUUCGGUGGUUCUAUCGGUACACUAUUUUUUAUGGCCAACAUUGUGUCAAGUGCUCUUUGCAUUUCUGGAUGUGCGGAGGGUUUAAUAGAGAACUUUGGACCGUCCGGUUAUUUGACUAUUUUAAUACCAGAUGGUAGAUGGUGGAGAUUUUUAUACUGUUCUGUAUUAAACAGUGCCAAUUUAGUUGUAUGUAUGAUCGGAGCAGCGAUGUUUGCAAAAACUAGUGUUGCAAUCUUAGCAGUUGUAUGCGUAUGCUUAACAAGCGUUUUCGUUAGUUUUCUGGCGCAAGGAUACAUCGAGAUACCAAUCCCUCAUGCAAAUUCAUUGGUCCAAAAUGCAACGGAACAUGUGAAUGGCACAUAUACAGGAUUGUUAACAUCUACUCUUAUGAGUAAUCUUUACUCCAACUACAGCCGCGAUUAUUCUAGUAACGGAAUAAUGACUGACUUCGCAAGCGUUUUUGGCGUAUUAUUUAGCGGCGUGACUGGUAUAAUGGCUGGAGCUAAUAUGAGCGGUGAACUGAAAAAUCCAGGGAGGAAUAUCCCACAUGGAACCUUGUCGGCAGUAUUAUUUACAUUUAUAUGUUACAUACUUCUUUCUAUUUUCACAGCUGCAACGACAAGUAGAUUUUUAUUGCAAAACGAUUUUAUGUACAUGAUGCCAGUUAAUAUUUGGCCGCCAUUUGUGGCAGUUGGUGUGUUAACAGCAACGUUUAGUGCUGGCUUAAGUAAUUUAAUAGGAUCUAGUAGAGUCUUGGAAGCUCUAGCGAAAGAUAAUGUGUUUGGAUCCGGAUUAAAUUUUAUAACACGGAUGACGUGGAAGGGAAAUCCAAUUGCUGCAGUGUUCACUUCGUGGUCUUUAGUUCAAAUCAUUUUAUUGAUAGGUUCUUUGAAUACAAUUGCUCAGGUCAAUUCCGUAUUAUUUUUAUUGAGCUACUUGGCAACUAAUCUAGCCUGCCUCGGACUUGAGCUUGCAAGUGCUCCAAACUUUAGGCCGACGUUUAAUUACUUUACAUGGUACACAGCAACAAUCGGAUUGCUAGGCACAUUAGUAAUGAUGUUCGUCAUAAAUAGUAUUUAUGCUUCCAGUAGUAUAAUACUGUGCUUAAUCUUAAUCAUCGUCUUGCAUUUAUUUUCUCCGAGUAAAAAUGCUCCCUGGGGUAGCAUAUCUCAGGCACUCAUAUUUCAUCAAGUUAGGAAAUAUUUGUUAAUGCUGGAUUCGCGUAAGAACCACGUGAAAUUUUGGCGACCGCAGAUGCUGUUAAUGGUGGCGUCUCCAAGAUCAGCGUGUCCACUCAUAGAUUUUGUAAACGAUUUGAAAAAGGGAGGGCUCUAUGUCAUAGGACACGUGAAAGUUGGCGAAUUUAUAGGCCAGACGAUUGAUCCUACCAUAGACGAAUAUCCGCAUUGGCUAAGUUUGGUCGAUCAUAUGAAAGUAAAAGCAUUCGUCGAAUUGACGAUUACGAAAACUGUACGCGAAGGAUUGCAUCAUUUAAUUAGAAUAUCUGGCAUGGGAGCGAUGAAACCAAAUACAAUCAUCCUCGGGUUUUAUGAUGAAGAAAACCCUACAGAUUUUUUCAAAAAUUCCCAAUAUGCCACGGAUAUAUUUGAGAACGUUUCGACAUCACCGAACACUACUACUGCCUUCCCUUUAAGGCAAACGACUUCAGAGAAGAAUUUAGAUGCGAUACAGUACGUAGGCAUGUGUUCGGAUGUUCUAAAAAUGAAAAAGAAUUUAUGUCUAUGUCGAAACUUUCAUUUGUUGAACAAAUCACAAAUGACCAAGAAUUCUUCAUUAAAAUACAUUGACGUGUGGCCUCUGAAUUUCUUCCAACCGACGGAUCAAGAUCCGUUCGACACAACGUCACUGUUUAUGCUUCAACUCGCAUGUAUUAUUAACAUGGUACCCGCCUGGAAGAAUUUGCACCUAAGAGUGUUCCAAUGUGAAAUUGCGGACAGCAAUCCUAGUUUAAACGUCUCGGAUUCGCAAAAUUCAAUUAGUGAAUACCCGGUUUCUAACGAGCAUCGUAUAAGGAAAUUGUUAAAUAUGUUGCGGAUAUCCGCUUCGAUUAAAAAAAUUCCAAAGUUUGGAUUGAAUGGCCAUUGUCUUAUCGAAUCGAGGAUGGAUAGUCAAUACGAAUCAAGUACUGAAUGUGAUAAUGUCUUAAGCAAUGUUUCACGUACUUACAUAUUGAGCGUGAAUCAAUUGAUUAGGCAACACUCAGCUCAAACUGCUACGACGUUCAUUUACCUGCCCGCGCCGCCGGCAUCGAAUUCUUGGGACGAAAAUACCGUGUACCGUCAAUAUCUUCAACUAUUGACAGAACUGACAGCAGAUUUACCGCCUAUAGUAUUAGUGCAUGGGGUCAGUGCUGUUACGUCGACAACGCUGUAGUAAUUUCGCGUUACAGUGACACUGUAAAUAUAGAAAUGACAUUUCUAACUGUACAAUUUUUUACCAAAAGAAAGUAUUAUUUAAAUACUAAUUUAUAUGACGUUUAAAUUGUUUAUAAAUUUCUUACGCUUUAAGAAGAACAAUCAUUGGCAUUAAAAAAAAAGCAUAAAAAUAUUGUUAAAAGUAUUUUAUUUUACAUAUUAGCAGCUGCUUAACGAUCGAAUAAUAAUGCUUUCGUACUACGAUAAUAAAAAUUGCGUGAAAAACAGACGUGGUUUAUUACUGUGAUACAGGACAAACUCUAUAAAAUAACUUUUAAAGAAGUAAAAUAUUUUUUAAACAUUGUACUUUAACAACAAUUCUGUAAACUGUCUCUCUCUUUACAUUCUCAUAUAAGCAUAUAUCGAACUAUUUCUAUACCGAACUUUUGUAUUGCACUUGAUGUUCAUGAAAAUGUAAUCUAAUAAGGAGCAAUAAAACUGGACAUAAAAUCACAGAAAAAACUGUUGUAUUUACGUGCCCAAAUAAAAAGCUAUACAAUUAA